AUGCCAUGGUCCAUUGCCCUCCCACAGGCGAUCUUCGAAUCGCCCCUGCUCUCAACUCUAACCCCGGUCGCAACUGGCUCCGCGGUGGGCUAUCUGGUGAACCGCCACGGAACAAAGCCCAAAUAUGCCAAACUGGAACAACCCCCCUUCUCACCCCCAGCCUGGCUCUUUCCGCCCGUCUGGACUCUGUUGUACGGAAUCACAGGAUACGCCGCACACCACGCAACACAAACAACGCUAGACCCCGCAAGAUCGACAGGCCAAACGCUCUACACGGCACAGUUAGUCCUGAACCACCUAUGGAUGCCUCUAUUCUUUGGUCUACGGAAGCCCGCCCUCGCGGCAGCCGACAUCCUGCUUCUGGGCGGGAGUGUGGCUGCGCUUAUGCGGGAUUGGUGGGAGAGUGAUCGUGUCGCGUUCUGGCUGUUUGUCCCGUAUGCGGGAUGGUUGGGAUAUGCGACGUAUUUGAAUUUUGGGGUUGGCAUGCUGAAUGGGUGGACGGUUCCUGAGGUUGAGGGGAAGGGGAAGGAGAGGGAGGAGUGA